GUCGAUUGGGCUUAAUAAGAUAUCAAAAAGGGAUAUUAGAGAUUCCAUUUCUAUCAACCAAACGCGCCCUCAGAGAAUAAAAGCAGAAAUUCCAAGAGGCAGGGGGAUCGCCGGAUCGGAGCAUCAUCGUCGUCGACUGAAUGGAUUCAGAUGAAGAUGAGAGGAUACCACUGAGACAAAGACCGGAAUGGUCCGACAUCACUCCGGUGCCGCAGGACGAUGGUCCUAACCCCGUUGUUCCCAUUGCGUACUCUGAAGAGUUCGCCGAGAUUAUGGAUUACUUUCGAGCUGUAUAUCUCGCCGAUGAGCGAUCACAUCGCGCUCUUCAGCUUACCUCCGAAGCCAUUCACUUCAAUGCUGGAAAUUACACCGUGUGGCAAUUCAGAAGAGUAGUACUCGAGACUCUCAAUGCUGAUUUGCAUGAUGAAUUAGAAUUCGUUGAGCAUCUUGCUAGCAAGAACUCAAAAAACUACCAACUAUGGCACCAUAGGAGGUGGGUUGCUGAGAAAUUAGGGAGUGAAGCUGCUGGUAGAGAACUUGAGUUCACCAAGAACAUAUUCUUAAACGAUGCUAAAAAUUAUCAUGCUUGGUCUCAUAGACAGUGGGUCCUUCAAAAUCUUGGAGGCUGGGAAGAUGAACUUGCUUACUGUGAUAAACUACUUGAAGAUGAUAUUUUCAACAAUUCUGCUUGGAAUCAGAGAUACUUUGUUAUAACAAGACACCCGGGAUUAGGAGGCAUAGAGGGAAUAAGAGAUUCCGAGGUUAAUUACACCAUAAAAGCCAUUAUCACAAAACCAGAGAACGAAAGCCCAUGGAGAUACCUUCGUGGCCUCUACAGAAACAACAUGAAGGCAUUUAUAACAGAUUCCAAGGUCUCAACGGUUUGUCUCAAAGUGUUGACUUCCAAAGUCAACUGCGUGUUUGCUCUUAGCCUUUUCUUGGAUCUCCUUGUCCAUGGUUUUGAACCUACCCAAGACCUGAGAAUUGCUCUGGAAUCUCUGAUUCCGGAGUCGAACAACUUUGAUUCCGGUGUGGCAGCUAGGGUUUGUUCGGUUUUGGAAAUGAUGGAUCCGAUGAGAGUGAAUUAUUGGAGGUGGAGAAAGAGUAGUCUUUCUUCUCAUGUUGAAGAGGGAGUUAAAAACCUCAGUGUUCAUUAAGCCAAACUUUUUAUACUGGACAUGACUGUAUUUAACAUGCAUUGGACUGAACUGAGAUUGAGACGGAAUUUACAGUACUUGCUCUUGAUAUCUUGUUUGUUUGUGUAAAAGAUGUGAAAUGUCAGCUUUUAUCACCAUUUGAAUGGUUUUAAGUUUAAGUUUAUGGGGUAAACAUUUUGUUGUUUGGUAAUGUAAAGUAUUUUAGUAUUUAGAGCGGCCUAAAUGAUACAUCCUUAUCUUUUAGAAAAACCAAUUAGGGAAAUAGACUUAUUAAGGUAAUUAACUUUUCGGUUUGUUCACAUUUGGGUAACUAUCUUUUUUUUUGUAACAGGAAAGUAUUCACAUGGAUAUUCAGAAAAGAUGAGACCUUGGUUAUUUUGUUGUUUCUAUAACUUGUAAAACUAUUUACUUUGCUGUGUUUGAUAAACAGUCCCCCGUUAUGUUUGAUUUCUGGAAAUUAAGAUGUUAUUAAUUACAAUUUAUCCUUAUAACAUACUAAUUUCUGGUUGACAAAGAGAACAGUGGACAAAAGAAGAAAAUACAUAGUAACCUUGUGUUAGUAAUCGUGAGUUCGAAAAAAUAAUAAAUAAAUAAAUAAAUAACUUAUCCUUUAG